UAGCGGGGCGCUGCCAGCAGCCUCCGCCCGAGCCCGGUAGGCCUGAGCCGCGAAGUUGUGCAGCCCAGAAGCGAGUGGGAGCCGGGAGCCCGCCUGUUCCGGGGCUGCCUCGGGCGGCACCACGGGGAGCAUGUGGUGGUGUUUGUUGUCUUGCAGAGGUGCCUGGCCCUGGGGACAUCCAGGCAGGGACAAGCUUGAGCCUGCACUUAACUACUGAGUUUAUCUGCUCCUCUCCUCACACUCCACUUUUCUCCCCACGCCUCUGGCACCCUUUGAAAGGUCUGGCAGCACCCCUGGGUGCCUCGGCACCCCGGCUGAGAAUCACUGGUCUGAAACCAGCCUUGGAAGCCUGUAGCACUGCUGGGUAGGACCCCUCUGCUGGACCAGCCUGGCUGGAAAUGAUUGUGGGUCAAUCCAAGAAUGAACACAUGUAAGAAACCUUACAUUGAGCAGACUACAAACCUUGAAAAGUUUGACUCUGAGGUGGUUGCUGAAAUUGAGGGCCUCUUUGAGAAGAGGUUCUCAUAUACUAAACCUCUGAAUAAUGAAUGGCAACUACCAGAUUCCAAAGAUGCAUUUAUCUGCAAUCACAAGGAAUUUCAUUCACUUCUUGCUAUGAAAGACUCCAUGAAUAAAGUGAAAAACCAGCUGAGUGAUAAGAAACUGGAUGAAUGGCAUCAGCAUACAUCUUUCACCAAUAAAGCAGGGAAAAUCAUUCCUCAUGUGAAGAAAUCUCUGAAUGCUGAGCUAUGUACUCAGGCAUGGUGCAAAUUCCAUGAGAUUUUAUGCAGUUUUCCCCUUCUUCCAGAAGCAGCUCUUCAGAAUGGAGAACUUAAUACUGUCCAUCUCUGUGAAGCACCUGGUGCUUUUAUAGCCAGUCUUAAUCACUAUUUAAAAUCCCAUCACAUCCCUUGCGAUUGGAACUGGGUAGCCAAUACUCUAAAUCCUUAUCAUGAAGCAAAUGACACUCUUAUGAUGAUUAUGGAUGACCGUCUUAUUGCAAAUACUUUGCCAUUGUGGUACUUUGGUCCAGAUAACACUGGAGAUGUCAUGAUGCUGAAACAUCUAGAAGGACUUCAGCACUUUAUAAGCAAUAUGGCUACAGUUCACUUGGUCACUGCUGAUGGGAGCUUUGACUGCCAAGGAAAUCCAGGUGAACAAGAAGCCCUUGUUUCUCCUCUACAUUACUGUGAAGCAGUCAGUGCUUUGAGGAUACUAGGCAGUGGUGGCUCCUUUGUUUUGAAGAUGUUUACUUUGUUUGAACAUUGUUCUGCGAACCUGAUUUUUCUGCUAAACUGUUCCUUUGAGGAGGUUCACAUCUUUAAACCUGCCACCAGCAAAGCUGGGAACUCAGAAGUGUAUGUGAUAUGUCUUCAUUACAUGGGCAGAGAGGCAAUUCAUCCCCUUCUGUCCAAGAUGAUACAGAACUUUGGAAAAGACAUGGUCAGUAAAGCACUUUUCCCUCAACAUGUAAUUCCAGAAUCUUUUCUUAAAAUACAUGAAGAAUGCUGUGCAUUCUUUCACAGGUACCAAAUAGAGACUAUCUAUGAGAACAUUGGACUUUUUGAGUGCAUGGGGGAAGUGGAACAAACAAAACUGAACAACUUACGGGACUGUGCAGUAGAAUUCUUCAUGAAAAAAUUCAACAUGAAACCCAUUGCCAGAAAUAAAUGGCUAGUGAAGAAACCUCAGGCAGGUUGCAGUAUGAAUACAAAGUGGUUUGGACGGAGGAACAAGUAUUUUAGUACCUACAAUGAAAGAAAGAUGCUAGAGUCCCUUACAUGGGAAGAUAAAGUGGCAAAAGGUUACCUUAACCAUUGGGCUGAAGAACAUGUUCUAAGUAAUGUUGGGAAAAGCUGUAUUUUGGAAGGGUCAUCCUCUAACCUUGAGUGCAGCUUGUGGUAUAUCUUGGAGGGAAAGAGGCUUCCAAAAGUAAAAUGCUCUCCAUUCUGUGAUGACGAAGUCUUGAAAGACCUCAAUGAAGCCAUCGGGGAAUCGCUAGUAGGCAGACUGAAAACAAAUUCCCUAUCCAGACAAGUGCAGCAGUCUUGUCAAUCUUGCCAUGUUGUCACUGAUGCAGUUAUACUAUCUGAAUUGUCUAAUCUUACCAAGUGCCAUGAGGAAGUUCCAAAUGAAAGCUGUGGUGACCACAUCAAGUGCCUUGUGAUGGGCCUUCCACUUCUUUGUGAUGCCAAAAGCCAAUCUAAUGUGGAGAUUAGUUUUCUGGACUCAGCCACGCUAUUGACUUUCACCUGUUCUUUGCUUCAUGAUGGAGAGCCAAAAUAUCAGCAGCAGCUCCUAGAUCAUGUUCUACUCUCACUGAAACAGCUUCAAACAGGAGAUGCUUUUAUUUUACCUAUUCUUUCUUGCUUUACGCGCUUCACAGCUGGCCUAAUUUUUGUACUGCAAAGCUGUUUCAGAUGCAUCACAUUUGCUUGCCCCAUAUCCUUUGAGCCUCUAAGGACUAAUGCGGUUCUGUUGUGCAUUGGCUAUCAGGGUCUUCCAAAUCCAGUUGCUGAGUAUUUGCAGCAUCUGAAUGAACUAAUGAGCUCUUUGCUGGACUCUGACUCUUCCCAGCAGGUUUUGCAAUUUGUCCCAAUGGAGACUCUCCUAAAAGGCACAUUACUGGACUUUUUGUGGGACUUGAACACUACAAUUGCAAAGCGACAACUCCAUUUGAUUAUACAAGUUGAGCAGCAACAAAUGAUCAGUAAUCUUAAUUUUAAAUGAUUCUAGAAUUGAGCAGGUAGCUAUUGACUGAGAAGAUUCAGUUCAUUGGCCGUUU